AUGGAUGAAGAGUAUGACUACUCUCGGUAUGAAUACUGUAUCGUUUUUGUUCUCGACCAUCGCUUACUCCAGACUAAGGCCUAUGAUGUGAAAGCUUACUUUGAAUUAGGACAUAACAAUGGGGAUGAAAAAAGAUAUGUCCCUGCAUUUGUAUACGACACCACCAGCAAAACCCUCAUAGCUGAAGGUAACUCAGCCGAUAAAUUAAUGUCGGAAACCGAGGAACCCCAAGAAAAUAUGCUUUGCAUACCCAACGCUUUUACCGAACUUUAUUAUACCUAUUCGAAACAACAGGAAAAUCAUUCUGGAGGAAAUAAAUUUAAUGAUAUUGUUCUCCAACAGGCGAUAAAAAUUCUACAAAUGCAAGUGGACCAUUGGAAAAAAGAAAUAGAUUGUUCAGAAGCAGAAUUAUGUUACACAUUUACUAUUCCUACAGGCUGGAAUGAAAAAACCAAAGAGGAGCUUAUCCGGCCUCUUUUCGUAAAAUCUGGUCUAAUUCACGAAGAGGUUGAUGUAGGUCGAUUGAUUUUCUUCACGGAACUAGAAUUAGCAUUCCGAUAUAUGCAAUCAGAAGAUCAAUAUAGGCCCAGUGUGGUAAUGAAUCAAGGCCAUCAGUACGUCAUAAUGUCUUUAGACUUUCAGCAAGAAUUAAAUGUCAGUCUAAGGUUGGUAUCAGCACAGUAUCCAGGCUUAAAAACAGUGGACAGCAGAUAUAUUCCUCAACUAUUGAAGGAUUUUCAUUUCAAAAUUCCUUUUGGGUUUCAUAAUGUAAAAUCAUCAUUGACAACAUGUCUUGAAAGACUUUGUGAUCCCCUGCGGGUGCCCGAAAUUAUUGAAAAAAUGCUUAAAAUUAUAAAUGAGAAACUUGAAACGAUAAAUGUUGAUAAUUCAUUUUUCAGCUUAUCAUAUCAGCCGUUUUUUGAUAUGAAUUUGGAAAAUUCUUAUGAUUCAAAAUACAGUAAAAAAGAAUUUGACCUUAUGAUUGACAAUAUCAGACAAUUAACUGUAGAAAAUGUUUUUGAGGACUGGUUUCAUUCUGUCGUGAGAUACUUCAUGAACGGAAUGAAAAUUUUGUUUCAGGGCACAGACAAUAUCAAAGCUAGAUCUUUAGUAAUUUUUUUCACGGAGUAUAUCGCAUAUAACGGUAGCUUGGCAGUAGUACUCAAAUUAGUUGAAAAAUGGGUAAAGGCAUGUAGUGAAGAGCAAGAUAGCCCGUACAAAUUAAUCGGAAAGAACCAAUUCUUCAGUUACGGAUUUUUUGUAACAACAAAAAUCGAAAUGGUUGAUGUGCUUGUAAGAAAACAAAUGCAAGAUUUUGAUAUCCGCAGAGACCCAUUUAUAUUGCCUAGAAACUCGUCAAAUGAGGAAUAUGAAAGCUGUUUAAAGCCUGAUUAUUUUAUGAAUAUAGACUUGCUGCCUACACAAAAUAAAAUUACUCUCACUUACGUAGACGAGAAAAUUAGUGCUAAACAGACACAAAAAAUGGAUUGUAACAUAGAACCCUUGGAUACAUUUUUCAAACAAUCAGAAUCCUAUCAAAGACCGCAGCUUCAUAUAAGCAAUAGUAUCAAGAUACUAUUAGAGAAAAUGUUUGCUGAGUAUCUUAUGAUACACACAAAAUCGGACCAUCAAAAAACCUCGUCGAGUUUACCUCAGCUUGAAAAUAAAACUACCUUUAAUAGUUGCUGUGGGAUAAAAACUAGCAAAAAUUUACCAAAAGAAAUCAGAAACUUCUUUGCCUCCUCAAGCCCACGCUUUCUCGAGCAAGUUAUGCAGAAAGUUAAAACGGAUGAUCUUUUUAUGAAGAAUGAUAGCUCUUGUAGUGACGAUACAAAUUUACUGAAUACCUCUGAUCCUGGUUACAUUCUAUUUUUCAUCUUAGCAUACCUGCACAAUUUAAACAUGCUGUUAAACAAAGAACUAGAUAAAAAAUUUGGGAAUGACUGGCGAGGCAAAAACAUAUGGUACGGUGUAACUGUUAACAAGCAUUUGUUGGAAACCGUAUUUGUGUCGAAAAAAAAAUUGGAAAAAUUAUUCUAUGCAAGUGGGAUACUCCUAAAAGACAAAAAUCUUAAGAGAGCAAAAUUCUGCGUUUGUGGCGAAGAUAUUCUACCAGCUAUCCAGCAAACUUUGGAUUUGAACUUGAGGAUGAAAUCAUAUUUUGUCGUUGCACAAAUAUUUCCACAGCAUGUCCAGCUUACUUUACAUCAAACAGUUAAACUAGCAUCGACUGGAGAAGAUGCGGCUACCAUUAUUAUUGAAGAUAAAAUAGUGUAUUUCGAUGAUGUGUACGAUGAAUUAUGUAAGACCGUUUGGAAGAACAUGAAGUCCAACUGUCAGAUUAAUUAUUGCAUCACACACAAGGACAAAAAUAAUAAGGAAUAUGAUUUCGGCUCAUUUCAAGCAUAUCGAGACAUCCGCCAAACUCUUAAACAACGGAUUUUGGAACUUCUAAAAGACGAUAGUCAUAAUGUAGACAUGAAUCUACAUACAAAGUUGAACAUCGGCGACACAUGUUCUUGCCAUAUGGUUAUUUCUUUUCGUCUUGUGAUUGAGUUAGGUCUAGAACUAAUUAUAAAACGUAUUGUAACAAUGCUAGCAGCCUCUUUAACUAAUUACGAUCAGUUCGGAAAUUACAAGACAGAUUAUAUUUUUGUGUUGGGAGAUCCAUUUAAUCUAUCUUAUGGCUCGCCUUUUUAUACUGUAUACACCACGAUACUUCAAAAAGCGAUGGAUGAUGGCAUACAGGCAAAUGGAAGAGAUACGCAGGCAUUUGUGAUGCAGGAUUCACUUAGCCAGUUAAUAUAUUUGUCUAAACCCAUCAGGCCGAAUAUGUUCGACAGAUUCAUUUAUGGAACUUUGUGUCAGGUACCAAGCAACACUUACGGAGUGCGGUUUGAAUUGAAAUCAGGGUUGUGCUUUCCAUUCAUUCGUGUAAAUGGUAGUGGUGAUAUCAAAAAAAGUGUGAAUGGGUGCAGCGAAAAUUUCUUAAUUUUUAUUGAAAAAGGGAAGCCACUUUCAACCACGGGAGCAAUAAUCAAAAUAACGCAUGAGGUGACAGAUUAUGAAUUUGGUUUAGAUGCUCAUACGAAUGCCACUCUAGACAUUAUUAGAACCACACGGUCAUCUGGUGCCAAACUGAAAAGAGACGAGCUGUUAGACGGGUCCGCAAAAGGCUUAAGUUUAAAGAUGUUAACCUAUAGCCGAACACAUUCAGCUUAUGAUUUCAUCUUAGAGUCUAAGCACCUCAACUAUAAUUAUUCUCUAGAAUUAACAUUUAAAACUAUGGCAGAUUGUAUGUACCCAGGUGAAUAUGCUUUUAAAAUUUUGGUUUUAGGAGAGCCAUUAACCUUAGCUUAUAUUUAA